AUGGUCCUCCCAGGAUCCUUCUGUGAUGUCCCCCGGCAGCUGUGCAUUUCACAUGGACCCGUGAUCUCACCGGUCAUUUCAGAGCUGCAGAGCCUUGACAGGAAGAGGAGCUCAUGGUUGGUGAAAUUAGUAAAAAAUGUAGGCUCCAUAGAAACCCAGAGGCAGGGUUCCGAAGGCUCCAGAGUUGGUGAACACUGGAGGUGCCUGGAGGUGGUGCACCUGGAGAGGCAUGGAGACGCCAGGCCCUUUCCGCACACCUUUCCCUGCAUCUUUAGUCUGGCUGUGCCUGCGUUACAUGCCUUUAUAAUAAACGGAUAUUCUGCACCUCCGAGGUUUACACGAACUCCUGUUGACCAGACGGGGGUCUCUGGUGGAGUUGCCUCUUUCAUUUGCCAAGCUUCCGGAGACCCAAGACCUAAAAUCGUCUGGAACAAAAAAGGAAAGAAAGUCAGCAAUCAGAGAUUUGAGGUAAUAGAGUUUGACGAUGGAUCUGGAUCAGUUCUCAGAAUACAGCCCUUAAGGACUCCCCGGGAUGAGGCCAUUUAUGAAUGUGUGGCCUCGAAUAAUGUCGGAGAAAUAAGUGUAUCUACCAAACUCACAGUUUUGCGUGAGGAUCAAAUUCCUAGGGGCUUUCCUACCAUUGACAUGGGCCCACAAUUGAAGGUGGUGGAGCGUACACGCACUGCCACCAUGCUUUGUGCAGCCAGUGGGACUCCGGACCCAGAAAUCACUUGGUUUAAAGAUUUCCUACCUGUGGACACAAGCAACAACAACGGCCGUAUUAAGCAGUUACGAUCAGGCGCCCUUCAGAUCGAGCAGAGUGAAGAAUCUGACCAAGGGAAAUAUGAGUGUGUUGCCACCAACAGCGCGGGCACUCGCUACUCUGCCCCUGCCAAUUUAUAUGUCAGAGUUCGUCGUGUCCCACCAAGAUUCUCUAUCCCACCCACUAAUCAUGAAAUCAUGCCAGGUGGCAGUGUUAACAUCACCUGUGUGGCCGUGGGGUCACCAAUGCCUUAUGUGAAGUGGAUGUUGGGGGCAGAAGACCUGACACCGGAAGAUGACAUGCCAAUAGGAAGAAAUGUCCUAGAAUUGAAUGAUGUCAGACAGUCAGCAAAUUACACGUGUGUGGCGAUGUCAACACUGGGUGUCAUUGAAGCAAUAGCACAGAUCACUGUCAAAGCCUUACCCAAACCUCCAGGAACCCCUGUAGUGACGGAGAGCACAGCCACAAGCAUCACCCUGACGUGGGACUCCGGGAACCCCGAGCCUGUCUCUUACUACAUCAUCCAGCAUAAACCUAAAAAUUCCGAGGAACCUUACAAAGAAAUUGAUGGAGUGGCGACCACACGCUACAGUGUCGCCGGACUCAGCCCCUACUCGGAUUAUGAAUUCAGGGUUGUUGCUGUCAAUAACAUUGGGCGGGGGCCUCCCAGCGAGCCCGUGCUCACGCAGACCUCGGAGCAAGCGCCAUCCAGCGCCCCGCGGGACGUGCAAGCGCGGAUGCUGAGCUCCACCACCAUUCUGGUCCAGUGGAAGGAGCCCGAGGAGCCCAACGGCCAGAUCCAAGGGUACAGAGUGUAUUACACCAUGGAUCCCGCUCAGCACGUCAACAACUGGAUGAAGCACAACGUAGCUGACAGCCAGAUCACUACUAUUGGCAACUUAGUGCCCCAGAAAACCUACUCUGUCAAAGUCCUGGCUUUUACCUCAAUUGGAGAUGGUCCUCUUUCAAGUGACAUACAAGUCAUCACUCAGACAGGAGUACCAGGGCAACCGCUAAAUUUCAAAGCAGAACCCGAGUCUGAAACGAGUAUUUUGCUCUCUUGGACACCUCCACGUUCGGACACCAUCGCCAACUAUGAGCUGGUCUACAAAGACGGGGAGCCUGGAGAGGAGCAACGAAUUGCCAUUGAGCCAGGGACGUCUUACAGACUGCAAGGGCUGAAACCGAACAGCUUGUACUACUUCCGUCUGGCUGCACGCUCUCCUCAAGGCUUGGGUGCUUCUACAGCAGAAAUAUCAGCUAGAACCAUGCAGUCAAAGCCGUCAGCUCCUCCUCAAGACAUUAGUUGUACCAGCCCAAGUUCCACUAGUAUUUUGGUAAGUUGGCAACCUCCACCAGUGGAAAAACAGAACGGCAUUAUUACUGAAUACUCCAUCAAGUAUACCGCAGUGGAUGGAGAAGAUGACAAACCUCACGAGAUUUUGGGAAUUCCUUCGGACACUACCCAAUACCUUUUGGAACAGCUGGAAAAAUGGACUGAGUACCGGAUCACUGUGACAGCCCACACAGACGUCGGCCCCGGCCCCGAGAGCUUGUCCGUGUUGAUUCGAACCGAUGAAGAUGUUCCUAGUGGUCCUCCUCGCAAAGUCGAGGUAGAGGCUGUCAACUCAACAUCUGUUAAAGUCACAUGGCGCUCGCCCGUGCCCAACAAACAGCAUGGCCAGAUACGAGGCUACCAGGUGCAUUAUGUGAAGAUGGAAAAUGGGGAGCCCAAGGGCCAGCCCAUGCUGAAGGACGUCAUGCUGGCUGAUGCACAGGACAUGAUCAUUUCUGGGCUGCAGCCCGAAACUUCCUACUCCCUCACCGUCACAGCCUACACCACCAAAGGAGACGGCGCUCGCAGCAAGCCCAAGCUGGUGUCCACCACAGGAGCAGUCCCAGGGAAACCCCGGCUUCUGAUUAGCCACACUCAGAUGAAUACUGCUCUCAUUCAGUGGCACCCCCCGGUGGACACAUUUGGACCCCUUCAGGGCUACCGUCUAAAAUUUGGCCGGAAGGAUAUGGAGCCGCUCACUACUCUUGAGUUCUCCGAAAAAGAAGAUCACUUUACAGCCACAGACAUCCACAAAGGAGCGUCGUACACCUUCAGGCUCUCAGCCAGAAACAAAGUGGGCUUUGGGGAGGAGAUGGUGAAGGAGAUUUCUGUCCCAGAAGACGUCCCAACUGGAUUCCCUCAAAACCUCCACUCAGAAGGCACCACUUCCACCUCCGUCCAGUUAUCUUGGCAGCCACCUGUCCUGGCAGAGAGAAAUGGCAUUAUCACCAAGUAUACCCUUCUGUACAGGGAUAUCAACAUCCCUCUCCUUCCAAUGGAGCAGCUUAUUGUUCCCGCUGACACCACUCUGACACUCAGUGGCUUAAAACCAGAUACCACAUAUGAUGUAAAAGUACGUGCUCACACGAGCAAAGGGCCCGGGCCAUAUAGUCCCAGUGUCCAGUUCAGGACACUGCCUGUGGAUCAAGCAGUGUUCGCAAAAAAUUUUCAUGUCAAAGCAGUAAUGAAGACUUCAGUGCUGCUGUCUUGGGAGAUUCCAGAGAAUUAUAAUUCCGCCAUGCCUUUCAAGAUUCUCUAUGAUGAUGGGAAAAUGGUAGAAGAAGUGGAUGGUCGAGCGACACAAAAGUUAAUUGUCAACCUGAAGCCCGAGAAGUCGUACUCAUUCGUGCUGACAAACCGUGGGAACAGUGCUGGGGGGCUGCAGCACCGGGUGACGGCGAAGACUGCGCCGGACGUGCUGCGCACCAAGCCCGCCUUCAUCGGGAAGACCAACGUGGAUGGCAUGAUUACGGUGCAGCUGCCCGAAGUACCUGCGAAUGAGAAUAUAAAAGGUUACUACAUAAUAAUUGUGCCUUUGAAGAAAUCUCGUGGGAAAUUUAUCAAGCCAUGGGAGAGUCCAGAUGAAAUGGAAUUAGAUGAGCUGCUUAAAGAGAUAUCCAGGAAACGCAGAAGCCUCCGUCAUGGGAGAGAAGUUGAAUUAAAGCCAUAUAUAGCCGCUCACUUUGAUGUCCUUCCCACGGAGUUCACCCUGGGAGAUGACAAACAUUAUGGAGGAUUCACAAACAAGCAACUCCAAAGUGGUCAAGAAUAUGUCUUCUUUGUGUUAGCAGUGAUGGAACAUGCAGAGUCUAAGAUGUAUGCAACCAGUCCCUACUCAGACCCUGUUGUGUCAAUGGAUCUGGAUCCACAGCCAAUCACCGAUGAAGAAGAAGGCUUAAUCUGGGUUGUAGGCCCUGUCCUUGCAGUGGUCUUUAUCAUCUGCAUUGUUAUAGCUAUUCUUCUCUAUAAAAGGAAAAGGGCAGAGUCUGACUCUAGAAAGAGCAGCAUACCGAAUAGUAAGGAGGUCCCUUCACACCAUCCAACAGACCCCGUAGAACUAAGGCGCCUUAAUUUCCAAACACCAGGUAUGGCUAGUCACCCUCCAAUACCUAUCUUGGAACUUGCAGAUCAUAUUGAAAGGUUGAAAGCAAAUGACAACCUGAAGUUUUCCCAGGAAUAUGAGUCAAUUGAUCCUGGCCAGCAGUUCACAUGGGAACAUUCAAACUUGGAGGUAAACAAACCAAAGAAUAGAUAUGCAAACGUAAUCGCCUAUGAUCAUUCCCGGGUUCUCCUAUCAGCAAUAGAAGGCAUCCCAGGAAGUGACUAUGUGAAUGCCAACUACAUAGAUGGUUACAGGAAACAAAACGCCUACAUAGCAACACAGGGAUCUCUCCCUGAAACAUUUGGGGACUUUUGGAGAAUGAUAUGGGAGCAACGGAGUGCCACAGUUGUCAUGAUGACAAAACUAGAAGAACGAUCCAGGGUGAAGUGUGACCAGUACUGGCCCAGCAGAGGCACGGAAACCCACGGGCUGGUCCAGGUGACGCUGCUUGACACUGUGGAGCUGGCCACAUACUGCGUUCGGACCUUUGCACUUUACAAGAACGGGUCCAGCGAGAAGCGGGAAGUGCGGCAAUUCCAGUUCACCGCCUGGCCCGACCACGGCGUCCCAGAACACCCGACGCCUUUCCUCGCUUUCCUUCGGAGAGUCAAGACCUGUAACCCCCCGGACGCGGGCCCGAUGGUUGUGCACUGCAGUGCGGGAGUUGGCCGGACUGGUUGUUUCAUUGUAAUAGAUGCCAUGUUAGAAAGAAUAAAGCAUGAAAAAACUGUAGAUAUUUAUGGCCAUGUAACUUUAAUGAGAGCCCAGAGGAAUUACAUGGUGCAAACAGAAGACCAGUACAUCUUUAUCCACGAUGCGCUGCUGGAAGCAGUGACUUGUGGAAAUACCGAAGUGCCAGCGAGAAACCUGUAUGCCUACAUUCAGAAGCUGACACAAAUAGAGACAGGAGAGAAUGUGACAGGAAUGGAGCUUGAAUUUAAGCGUCUAGCCAGCUCUAAAGCUCACACCUCAAGAUUCAUCAGUGCCAAUCUUCCAUGUAAUAAAUUCAAAAAUCGCCUUGUUAAUAUUAUGCCAUAUGAAUCCACAAGGGUAUGCCUGCAGCCUAUCCGAGGAGUAGAAGGAUCUGAUUACAUCAAUGCCAGUUUUAUUGAUGGAUACAGACAACAGAAGGCCUACAUCGCUACCCAGGGACCCUUGGCGGAGACCACUGAAGACUUCUGGCGGAUGCUCUGGGAACACAACUCCACCAUCGUGGUGAUGCUCACCAAGCUGCGUGAGAUGGGCAGAGAGAAAUGUCACCAAUACUGGCCAGCAGAACGAUCUGCAAGAUACCAGUACUUUGUUGUAGAUCCCAUGGCUGAGUACAACAUGCCACAAUAUAUCCUAAGAGAAUUCAAGGUCACAGAUGCCAGGGAUGGUCAGUCCCGAACAGUGAGACAGUUCCAGUUCACUGACUGGCCAGAGCAAGGCGUGCCAAAGUCUGGAGAAGGAUUUAUUGACUUCAUCGGCCAAGUUCACAAAACGAAAGAGCAGUUUGGCCAAGAUGGACCCAUUUCAGUCCAUUGCAGUGCGGGCGUUGGAAGAACUGGAGUCUUCAUAACGCUAAGCAUUGUUCUGGAGAGAAUGAGAUAUGAAGGAGUUGUAGAUAUCUUCCAGACGGUCAAAAUGUUGAGAACACAACGACCAGCCAUGGUACAGACAGAGGACCAGUACCAGUUCUGCUAUCGAGCCUCACUCGAGUACCUGGGCAGCUUUGAUCACUAUGCAACGUAGAAACCCCUGACCCAUUUUGGAUUUUUACAGCGGGCCCUUCAAUACCCAUGGAGUCUCUUCUGAGCCAUACAGGGCACUUGAGAAGUCCUUCUUAACUUCUAGGUAACAACCCCUUAGUGGGACUAUUACACACAAAAUAAACUAAAAAUAAAAACUCUUCCAGGCGGA